GCCAGUUCUCUCUCUCUCUCUGUGUGAAGCUGGUGUACCCGCCCUAUUUCACCACCACCACCUCCCAUCCUCCUCAGCACAGUCGAGAGGCUUCACCUGCACGCUGAUCUCUCAGCUCCGGCUCAGCUCUAGGGAAAUAAUAAUCUGGUGAAGUUGGACAGUUCAGACAGAGGACGGAGAUCGUUUGUGAAUCGUAGCUGCAGCCUGAAUCGCAGAGCCCCGCAAUUACAGCAGAAAGAUGGCAGAUCCGAUUACACAGUCCGCUCAGAUUUCGUCGUCGCAGGGACUAAACGAUGGACACCCUGCAGCGUCCAAAGACUCAAAGUUUUCCGAUUCCUUUUUUUCCUCUUCGCCUGUAUCUCUCAUUCAGUCUCCUCAAGACAAAAGGGUGGUACUGGGCUCUGACAAGCCUUCAGAGGGCGUGGCCACCUCACUUCGUUUUUCAUCCCAGCCAAGUUCUUUUUCCCCUAUGACUUAUGGUAACGAAUCGUCAGGACCACCUGGAGGAAACAUAGAUCGUAGUUUCCAAGAGAAAAGAGAGCUUUUUGAAUCGUCACCUGGAUCCCAAAACCAGGACACGUCCCCCAUAAAGGUGUCCCCUGUGUCUGAGCGAAUCAAAGCAUUGGAAGCUCUGGCUGCGAAGCAGAAUGAUUCUGAUUGGAGUGAAGGAGGAUUUCCUCAUUUCCGAGAACGCCAUUAUGAAAAGUCCCCUACGGAGAUGCAUGGGAUCUCCUCUCGUUCAUCCUUGAAGAAAAGAGCAACGUCCACUGAACAGGAUUCGCCAGAAUCGCCUUUUGAAAUACUCGGCGAGGUCAGGCGUGGAAGCGACUUUGAGGAUACUGCAGACUGGAUGAGGGCCCACUUGCCGCCAGCACCUGAUUUCAGUGCUGCUGAUCCUGAUUUUGAUGAAAUGCAAGAAGCUACUAUUAUACAAGAAAGCCCAACCAAAGAGAUAAAAGGCAAAGAAACAGAUGCAACGGUUCCUGAAUCGUUUGUUGGUGUUCCUCAUGAAUUUAUGGACAUUCCCACAGAAGUAACCAAAAACAUGGAUGAUGAUACUAAACAGUCCAAGCAAGACAGCGUUGAAGAGGAGUCAGAAUUUGAUCUCAGAUUUUUACCUACUGCUUAUAUGUGGGACAAACAAGAGAAACCUGACAGUGACGCACAAGCCCCAUCAGAUAAUCCUGAAAAUCCGGCAUCUGAGAUACCUGCAUCUGUUGUAUCCCCUGAACCUCCUACAGGCUUUGAAUCUCCUUCCAUGUCUUCUCCACAUCCUGCUCUUCAGGAAGAUUCAAGUGCAAAGCAGCCAUCUGCCUCCCCAAGUGGUGGCACUGGGUCUGUAGAAAUUCAUGAAGUUGACAGCUCUGGUGAAUCUGAUGAUAUGGUUAUUGAGGAUGCAAGUGAUGCCCUUCAGUCUGCUAGCACUGAUGCUCCGGAAGCUGGACCAUGUGUAGAGAAGUCCUCUUUUUCAGAUGAAUGUGGGAAACGUUCUGGGAAUGUUCUGGUGCCCAUCAUUAAUGUCAUUGAGACAGAGGAGCAGAACAUCAUCAGUGAUUAUGAAGUGGAGCCGGAUGAAGAUGACGAUGAUGAUGAUGAUGAUAAGUAUGAGAUAAUGCGAGAGCCUACAAGACAAGUUUCAGUAUCCUCUGAAAAACCAUCAGAGGUUUCUGAAGAAAGAUCUAAAGAUGUUCUGAAAGAAGAAAUUUCCUCACGAACAAAUGUUGAAGAUUUUGACACAGAUUAUUCUUCAAAGCACAAGAUUGCCAAAGAUGAUGUUGGCGAUGAGAGUUCCAUCCAGACUUAUAAUGACUCAAAGGACCUCAGUUCUGAAGACUCGCAAAAGCAAUCAGAUGUGGCUCAGAAUCUGGAUGAGCCUUUUAGAGAGUUUUGCAUGAAUGAUAUUAAACCUGACAAGACUUCAGAAGUCACACCAGACCUUCCCCCAAAUGAUCAGGAUCUGUCAAAUGAGCUUGAGUCUAGUGACAUAGAUACAUAUCUGGACCAUUAUGCCAGUGAGGAGUUAGCUUUGAAAGACCAGCUACGUUCAGGCGUUUGUAAUGAUAAUGUUGGGGAGUCGUUUGAAGUACUAAAAUCCAACUCUCACCAAUUUGACAAUCAAAAUAACUCUGUGUUUGCUCAGCAGUCAAUUGACGAAGCUGCUGUUGAUGAAUUUGAUGAGGAGCUUAAUGACAGCAAACAAGCCUUUCUUAAGCCUGAGCCAUCCCCUGUUGGCAUUUCCACAGAAGUUCUUGUUGAAUCUCAGCCUCCUCGAAAUGAAACACCAGUUCCUGAAUUAGUGGAUCAACUUGACAACCUUGAGGAUCAGAAGAUUGUACAUGCACCAGGAGAUUUUUCUCUAGUGGAGGAGGAUGAUUACAUGUCCCAGGUCAUAGAGGAACUGUCCUCUGUUCAAGAGAAUGCUCCUGCUCCUUUCCCUUCUUUCCAUAAUGAUUCAUCCGGCAAGAUCAGUGAGGUAAUCUCCGAUUUUGUGACAAUGGAUGUGACGGAGGGAUUAGUGAUGACUAACUCUGACCAUAAUGAUCUAGUCCAGUGUGAGGUUGCAGACAGGCAGUCACCAGAAGUCACAAGUGAGCCUGAGAACAUUGAGCCAGAAUGUUCUGAGACAGCAGCAACAGACAGUUUUGUGGAGUUCAUGAGGGAGUGCUUGAAGUCUCGACAGGAUGAGGAACCGGAUAGUCUUGGUCUAGGACACAGCGGCAAGGGUCUUAUGUCUGAUGCUUCUUCUUCUCCUGCUAUGAUCAUGGACCUUGAACAGGAGCGUCUUACCAUCUCUGCACUCAAAGAGCUUGGGAGCAGCCAAGAUGACGAGGAUGAAACAAGCGUUUCUAACAAAACGACCGUGGUCUCUUCAAAGGAGGCUUCAAAACCUCUGCCUAAAUCGGAGUCUUCCGUCGCCACACCUCAGCAACUUCCAAAUGAGUAUCAGCCUGACGUUUCGUUAGCCAAAGAGGUAGAGGCAAUCGACAUUUUGGUGGCAGAAGCCUACCACCUCGCAGAGCAUGUCUUGACAGCAAUACUAACCCACGUGUCAGUACAUGAUCUGGUGCACUGGCGGGACCCGAAGAAGACAGGCGUGGUCUUCGGCACCUCCCUGCUGCUGCUGCUGUCUCUGGCAGCCUUCAGCGUGAUCAGCGUCAUCUCCUACCUGCUCCUGGCUCUGCUCUGUGUCACCAUCACCUUCCGCAUUUACAAGUCAGUCAUCCAGGCCGUGCAGAAAUCCAGUGAGGGACACCCCUUCAAGGCUCUGAUGGAGAAGGAUGUCAGCGUGCCUCCCGAGACGUUCCGCAAGCACGUGGACGCGUCGCUGACCUACAUCAACCGCGCACUCAAGAAGAUGAGCCGCCUGUUCCUGGUUGAAGACUUGGUGGAUUCCCUCAAGUUGGCAGUGGCCAUGUGGCUGCUGACAUACGUGGGUGCAGUCUUCAAUGGCAUCACUAUCCUCAUUCUUGCGGACAUCCUUGUCUUCAGUGUACCGCCUUUGUAUGAGAAGAACAAGACCCAGAUAGACCACUACAUUGAUGUGGCACGCACUCAGAUCAAUGCUACAGUUGCCAAGCUACAAGAGAAGCUCCCUGGAGCAGCGAAGCGCAGUAAAGCGGAAUGAUCCACCUCUCGGAUCCCUCCGUGACCACCCCAUUGCCUCCAAGCCCCUCCCUGCAUCCUCUCCUUUCUUCCCUUCUAUCUUCCUGAUCCUUCAGUUUAAUCUUAUCCCCCUCCCCCCUCCUCUUCCUCUCCUCCUCCUCCCCCAGAUACAUCUCACCAACCAUCUGCACUGAACCAGCUAGUCUCUAAGAUCUCAGAAGCUUCUUGAUAAUCAAUGUUAACUCUGCAGCUUAACUAUAAGCAUUAGGAGAAGAUGCGUGGGGCUCCAGAGGCUGGCGACUCAAACACAGGAAGUGAUGUAAUACUGCAACUGGAUGCCCAUAUAUGGUGCCCGUCUUUGGGCGGCAGGGUUUGUGAACUAGACUGAAUCUUUGACCUGGUUUCCCGAGUGUCCGUAGGCGCUGUGCUAUUAAUAAAGUGAAAUGUAUGAGUACAUAAGGAUGAGGAUUCGAUGGCCUGUGCUUAUGGGAACAUAUUCACAGGGCAAAAGGCAAACAGUAAAAGAAAAAAGGACAGGCAGGCCUGCAUGCUCUUUCUCCAUCCUAGUUUCAUAGCUCUUCUUGCCCCCCCAAGCCCCCCUUAUCUCUCUCUUUUUUUUUUUUUUUCACCUUAAAAUAUUUGCUCAUGUAUUAUAAAACUAUUAAACUGCAAUGCACUGAUUGUUACUAGUCUCUCACACAGACACACACUUACACAGAUUGAUUGAUUGAUUGAUUGGUUUUAGACAAUUUGGUCUAGUUCGCUGUCCUGUCUCUGUCUUUUUUUUGUUCUUUUGUUCUCUUUCUUUCUUUUUGCGCGUUUCAAUUUUAAUUGUGUAUGUAUAUAUAGUAAGAUUACAAACAGGCUCUUUGCUGUGAAGAAGUAGUUAGCCUUGCUUUUUAUAUUUAAAGAAAAAAAAGAACCAAUAUCCUCUUGCGCCUCUUAUUUGUCUCUUGCAUCUGUCUGAGACUCGGAUCUCCUGAGUUCAUGUGCGUGCGUUAUUCUGAUUAUUCCUGUUCAGGUUAUGAUUAUGAUUAUUAUUAUUAUUAUUAUUAUUAUUAGGUCACAUGUAGGAUAGCUGCUCUUGACUCCCCAGUCUGGCAUUGGCAUCUUAAGUAAAUAUUAUUAUAAUUAUUAUGACUAUUAUUACUAUUGAUGAUUAUUAUUAUUAAUUUUAAGGUUGAGUUAUCUGUAUAGAAUCUUCAGAACUUCUGAAUAGCCGAGACGUUGAGAAAGACGAUGUUGCUGUUUUGAAGGGACAGAAGAAGGAGUGUGAUUGGUGUUGGAGGUUGGUGGGGAAAAGGUGUUCUCCCUGCUGAUCGUGGACCAGUCUCCAAGCUAAACGCUGGUCCCGGAUCAGUAUUUGGAGAACUUUUCUAACACUCUGGGUGAUUUUCUCGUGAUUUAAAAAGUGGUCUGCAUUGGUGUGUUGUAAGGUUCUUGUUCUUAAUUUAAGGAUGCAGAGCACAUGUUGAAAAAGCUGGAGAUGUGUUUGUGUUUGUUACAUGAGAAGGUGAGCAGACUUUAUACAGUUGUGUGUAAGCAUACACUGAAAGGGACUUUAGGACUAAAAAUGGAUGCACUAAGCUUACUGCCCUCUGUGUGUGUGUGUAAAUGGCGCUGGAUUCUACCUGGCCUUGCUCUAGAACCAUCUGGAAGCAUUUGCAUUCACCUUAAUGAAGCACUAACCUAGGCUUCAGUAUAUGUAUACCUGUAUUUAUAUUGACUUACCAAUGAAUAAACACAGUACCAGAGUUAAACAGUAAUACUACUACAUAGAUGUCUAUCAACUGCUGAAUGUUACAUUGUAAUAUUUAUAGAGCAUUCCAGCUGACGCAUGCAAUCCUGUGUGUUCACAAAGGAACUCAUUUCAGCCUGAACUUGCCUCACAUGGAGUUUUCCCAUAAAGGGUCAAGUUCACCGAACUUGGACUUUGAUGGCCAAAACCAAAUGCCAGGGUUUUUAUUUUUUCCUUCCUCUUUUUUUUUGAUUGUGUUUGUAUGUGUUUCUCCACCCCUUAAAAGUUCAACUGUAGUCAACGUUCCAUUUUUUUUCUUCUUUUUUUUUUCUCGUACCCACGCUUUCUUCUAUGCAUGCGCGCAAAUGGCACACUCAGACACGCUCACCAACGUCUUGAAAGUAUCCUUUGUUCGUACCACUUGUGUCCUUGUGUUGCAGAACUAACAUACAUUAUGUUGUCAACUCGUGGAUCAUAGGUGUGGUGAUGCUUGAAGAAGUAGGAUAAGCUCCAGCAGCUAGUUUGAACAUUUUUAUUCUUUCUUUUUGUUCCAACACUAAUUUAAAGAAAUACGACCUGUUUUAUUUCUUCUUUUGUUUAAUUAAUAAAUGCAAACCUCUCUCUCUCUCUUUCUAUGUAGACAGCUUCUAUUGUUUUCUCUUUUCAACUAGUGUUUCGAUUAAAUAACCUGCAGAUUUUUAACUUCUGUAGUUUAACAGCAUGUUGCUCUUCUCCCCAAUUUCUCACCUGUUUUUGAGUUUUUCUGUCUCUCUAUUGGGGAGGGAGAUGCAGAGAAGUCCUGUUUAUCCUUGGUUUUUGCUUUGGACUCUUGCUGAUUUAGAUGUGAUAACUACUAUCUACGUAUGUUCAGUUUGUUAGUUAUAAUUAAGUUAAUCUUGGGAGCUUUGGAAAAUAAAGUGGAGGGAGAGGGGGGGGAAAUGUGGUCCCUGUAAUGAUGUCAAAGUGAAAUUAAUAAAAAUGUUAAAUGAU